AUGGCUUUCACCGGAGCAUCAACUAAAUUCCCAUCUUUAGAAAAAAUAGACUUUACCAAAGUUAUGGAAGGAAUGAAAUUCAACAGACAAAACUGGCUCAAAUUCUAUGGAAUAUUUAUGAGAAAUAUCCAAAGUUAUGUACCAAAAGAACUAUUAACAACUGGAUUCUUUUCCAGAAGUAAACAUACUGAAUACCAACGAAUAGACACAAUGGCAACAAUAGUAGACAAUUCUGGCCAACACGACUUAUACAGAGAACAAUACAAUAUAGUUUAUAUGAAACAACUAUGCGACUGGCAUAAUGGAGCAAGGACACCACCAGAUUCAUUACCAAAACCUGGACAAGGAAACCUACAAGUAGACUGGCCCAACGCAACAGACUCAGAAGAAGCACCAUCCAAACAA